CACAGAAACCCUGGGAGUGCGUGCGGACUUCAUGGAUCAGGGCCAUUUGCAGCACUGUUGACUUUUGUAGCAGCAUCUCCGCUGAACACCCCGACAUCUUUGUUCAUGAUGCAUCUCUGAGAGGGGAGCUUCUCUUUCCCAGCAAGAGGAAGGAAAACAGACUGAUCACUUUCUUCUGCUACUGGUUUCUAUUUCUAUCAAGAGAUGAUGUUUUCGUCUGCAGGCAAGCGCUGCUUCACGAUCGAGUCUCUGGUCGCCAAAGAGAACCCUUUAAUGGCCGAGGACCCCAUCCGUCCGACGGCUUUGAGUUACUCCAACCCGGCGACAGAGGUCUUAAUGAACAGUUACCCGGCUCCGCCGGGCAGGUCCAUCUACCAGAGCCCGGACCUGGUGUUCCCAGAAACGGUAAACCACCCCUCCCUCACCGUGGCCCCUCACCAGCUCGGAGGCUCCCACCUACAGCAUCCGCACUUCUUCGGGACGCAACACCGAGACCCGCUCAACUUCUACCCCUGGGUCCUACGGAACAGGUUCUUCGGACACAGAUUUCAAGGUAACGACGUGUCCCAGGACAGCCUGCUCCUCCACGGUCCUUUCGCCAGAAAACCCAAACGCAUCCGGACAGCCUUCUCUCCCUCCCAGCUCCUCCGUCUGGAAAGAGCCUUCGAGAAGAACCACUACGUCGUCGGGGCCGAGAGGAAGCAGCUAGCAAACAGCUUGAGUUUAUCUGAAACACAGGUGAAGGUGUGGUUCCAGAACAGGCGGACCAAGUACAAGCGACAGAAGCUGGAGGAGGAGGGCCCAGAGAGCCAGCAAAAGAAGAAGGGAAGCCACCACAUCAACAGAUGGCGCAUCGCCACCAAGCAGUCCAGCUCCGAGGACAUCGACGUGACCUCAGAGGACUAAAACCGCGCUCCAACCUCCGACAAUGCUGCCCUAAAACCAUGCGUCCCCUUCAGGCGCAUCAGAGGACCAACACUAUUUAUUAUGUAAUAUUAUUAAGUAUAAUUAGACACAUUAGAGGACUAAAUAUGUGAUCACCGCACAUCUCUUCAUCAAGGUGCUACACUCAGUGACACUGGAAGAAAAAUAAAAAUCUUUUGAAUGACAUCCAUCCUGGAUGUCUCUGGAUGAGGAGAGAUCUUUGGUGUGUGACGACCAAAGAUGAAGAGAAACAACGCCAACCUCUAUCAGUCUGGGUUUUUUUGUUGUUUUUUUUUAAAAUUGUACAUAGGCCACUUAUAGGCUAAAGGUUGUUUUUGAAAGACGCCAUUUGUUUCAUUAAAGCUGUUUUUACCACCUGCUUAUGUCAUUAACACCUCAUGGCUCACCCCCACCCCACUCUGCCACCUGCGUACCAUGUUAAUUUAAAUUUCUGGCCCUGACCACACGAACAAAACAGGACAUUAAACCAUGUGUCUAAGAAGAUCCCAAAAUUUUUGCAGCACGAUUUCAUUUUCACCGGUGACUUGACACCCAUCCCAGCGCUCUGUUAUGCUUCCUGAUGAAGAUUCUGCACAAAAAGGCGAUUCAUGACCAGCUGUGCAUGACUCUGGGACAGACGAGAAGCUGCAGGGACCUCUGGUGUUAGGGGCGAGUUGUGCCACACAAUGAAAGCGAGUUCACACAGCUUUGUGCUUCUUCUGCCGUGCCACAUUUGUCAGUGUGGGGUUGAUGGAUGACCUCUCCAUUCGUCGAUUGUCUGCAGAUGUCACGAAGCGCCGUGUGUAGUAUACAAUAUAAGAACGUACUUUUCAGAGAGCAGCACAUGUAAUUACAAAAAGAUGUUUUAGAAAUAAAAAA